AUGAGCAAAAAGUUCAAGUCCCAAGCGUCGAGUAGCCGGGCCGCGGCCGGAGCCUUUGGUACAUUUGGGGGAUUUUCAGGAGCCUUUUCGACCCAGGGAAGAGAGCCUUCUUCCCUGACCUACGUGGCCGAGCCUCCGGACUUGUCGCGCAUAUCGGAGCCACAAUUGGCAAUCGCGUUCAAGAAUUUUCUGAAAAAGGACGAGGUCACGAGGACGCGAGCAUUAGACGAGCUGAAGGAUUUCGUUUCGGGUGUAGAAAGCAGUGGUGGCACUCUCGAUGAUGGAUUCCUGGAAGCCUGGGUAAAAAUAUACCCGCGGGCAUCGAUCGAUCUGUCUCGUAGAGUGAGGCAAACGGCGUAUACUAUUCAAGGAUCGGUUUCAUCGCUGGUAGGGAAAAGAAUCGCCCGAUUUUUACCCAAAGUAGUCGGCGCAUGGCUUGCAGGCCUGUAUGAUAAUGACAAGCCCGUCCAUCGCUCUGCUCUAGAAUCCUUCACGCGAGUUUUUUCCACGGACGAAAAGCGAAAAGGCGUGUGGAAGGUCUAUCAGACCUCCAUCCUGGAUUUUGUAGAUGAUGUCAUUCUUCAACAAACUCCUCAGACUUUGAGCGACGAGCGCACCGUCAAGCCUGACGACGCGGAAGCGAAGUACGCGCGCGUGGUAGGAACUGCAAUUCUACUAUUUAAUCGAAUCAUAGGCAACUCAACCCACGAAGAACUUGAAAAGGACCUUCCAACUAUACAAAACCUCCUUACAAGCAAAUCGUUAUGGGCUCUAUGCUACCAUGAUGACCCCUUCGUCCGCAGGUCCAUUUAUACGCUUGUGCGCUCGGCAGUGGCCAAGGAGCCCGAAGAACUCGAUUGGAAACUCGUCAGCGCAGCCUUGAUUGGCAAAUCACUACACGCCUCUCAAUUAGGAUCGUCCUCAGACCUGUCCGAAUCUCUACUUCAGGCCACAUCUGCAAGGCCUCAGUUAUGGACGGACGAUUAUUCCGGUAAAUCGUCUGCAACGAAGAGGUUGCUUCAAUACAUGCAAAAGGGUUCCCAGGGCGGCGCAGGCUCCUUCUGGCCAAACCUACACCAGCUACUUCUGAUAAUUCCGGUGCAGACAUUGGCAAACGGUGACUCGCAGAUUGGGCUUACAACGGCAAUUGCUUUAACCGAAGCAUUCCAAGAAGGGCUGACUUCGAGGGACGAGCCUCGACAAAACCACGCCGUUGCCUGGAAGGCUUACGUUGAUACCGGGAUGUGGCUUGUAGAGCGACUAUCUGCUGGUGAGAAAACAAAGUUCCUGCAAGAACGAUUGUCCCCUCUAUUGGCGCAAUACGUCAAGCCUGAACCAGAUCGGUCGAAGUGGUCACUCCCAGCUUUGUCCUCUAAGAACAUCACCAUUGAUUAUCUCGAAGGACUGCUGGCUCACGGUCAUGCAAGUGAAGUGGAAAGGGUAUGGACUGAACUAUCAGAUGGUCUACUUGAGGCCGUCAAACUAUCUUCCCCAGAGCAAUCGAAGGACUUUAAGUUGUCGCAGGACGAAGUGUGUUCCCAGGCUGAACGCCUUCUAGUUUUAGAGGCGCUGGUGCUUUCGCGGGUCGUCGGAACGGAUGGUGAGACUCAAAUACUUGGUAUAUUCGAGAGGACGAAUUCGCCGUUACUUGAAAACUGCAUCCAGGUCCUUCAGACUCGCAACGGCAAGCCCUACGGAGCGGCCGCGGUGGUUGAAGGAAUGGUCAAUAACGUUGCACAGAUCGCUCAGCGCUCUCAAGCUUUGGUAGAAUUCGUCAAGAAUGACGCCCCGGAGCUUCUGUCAUCGCCAUCUGCUGAUCGUCUGAUUUCCCUGAUAUUGACUUGUCGGUCUUGGGAUGGCUUUGGCGAGAGCUUUGGCAGGAUCAUUGAGCAAGUGGCAAAGUCAGAACCGGAGUCGUCGAAUGCACAUGCUGUUCAGAAAUUACUUUCCACCCUCAAUUUCAAGGAGGUGGACGGGAAAAGUGUGCUUGGUUCAUUGAUCAUGCGAGCCCUAGACCAGGCCUGUAAGGGUAGCAGCCUGCAUUGGUCCAUUGUUAUCGCCGUUCUCCAGAACCAGUCUUCCCAUGGAGAGCUUACGGAUUCAAUGUUUUUAUCGCUCAUCGAUGCUCUUUCCGACGAGAAUAAGGCUUUGGAUACACUUCACGGUCUCUCCCAAAUUGCCAACUCCGUCCCGACUGCCCUUCGGGGCUUCCAGAGUGGUUCGAACGGCUCCAAAUUGACCGGAAAACUGCACUUCCUCGCUGAAUCACCGUCGGAAGAAGUUGCGGUUGUUUCAGAAUCUUUGAUCAAGACGUUGAAAAAAACAGUGGUCGGCGAAACAAGCGCUCGGUCAAGCGUUGAGAUUCUCCAGCACAACUUUGAACUUGUCAGUGCUGAGUCGCUUUCGAUCGAAUCUCUCUUGAGCAUAGCGGAAGAGCUACUACACAGUACCAAACCCGAGGACAUUGGUUCCGUGGCAAAGGAUAUCCUACCAGGACGCCAGACCUGGGAGAAAGCUCUUGGUCCCUUCCUUGAGCUCCCUCCUCGGCCAUCGACUGCUAUCACUAGCCCUCUUGGUGGCACGGUGCAUCUCGUUAACCGACAACUGGCCGCUGAUUUCAAGGAGCGGUAUGAAGCUGUCCCGCGCGACUCGAGCCACUGUUCGUCCGCAUUCCGACUGGCCUAUUUCACCACCAAAGUUCUCUCCUUAUUUGCCCUUGCCGGACAUCUCGGCACGGAUGAGCUUGAAACCCUUUUCCACAAUCUCCCUCUUGCAGUACAAUUAGUCGAUGACGAUCUCAGUAUUGAAAACUCCAACGGCAUAACGGGACUUACGCUUCCCGAGCAGCGAGAGGAGUACAUGGAGGUCGUUAAUGAUGGCCGAAAGGUUAUCAGCGGAUGGGUCCACUCUAAAGAUACUCUUGCCACAACGAUCACCUCUUUCUGGGAACGGAAGCUUGAAGGGCUUCAAGGUACUUCGCCAUCAGACUACCGGGUCGGAGAAUCUUUUGUGAAAAUUAUGGGUAGUGUGGACUCGUCAAACAAAUCCAAGACUCCGGAGGAACUUACAGAACUAUGUAAAACUGUUCGGACAGCCAACGCUGUUCGGACUGCAUCAUGGGUGGCUCUCUUACGUCAAUCGAUCCUCUCUACGCCGGCCGGGACACGACUCUGCAACGAACUCGUUGCGGACUCUACAGGGUUAAAGCCCGAAGACGAGAAGAAGGACGGCCUGCGGAAGUUGUCGUUGCUCAACCUUCUUCUGGCAGGUGAUGAGAGUGUCGCUGCAUCCAUUCCGACGCAGAGGUUGAUGUUCCUCCUCAAGCAUCUCAUCCAGUGUCUUCAGUCCGAAAGUGCGCCUCUGAGCGUCAAAGCUGAAAUUUUGCAGAGUUUGACAUACGUCUUACCCUGCAUUCACGAGAUGUAUGGCUCUCACUGGGAAGAAAGCAUGGAUGUUCUCAGCACAAUCUGGCAAGGCAUCAAUGGUGGCGAUGAAGCAUUGCCAUUGCUCUUGGCCUCUUUCCGACUUUUCGCUUCUUUGAAGUCAAUUGUGGAUGACGAAGAGAGUAACGAUGACGUUAAGGAUGCUUGGGCGGAUCGCAAGACAGUGUUAUUCAACCGAUUGACUUCGACGCUGCACAAAUUCGACUCUUCGACCACUUUCUACCAACCUCGCGAUGUCGCCGUCGACCGCCUGCGCCGCCUGCUCAAUGUCAUUCCUACCGACAGUCUUGAGGAUGUCAGCAAAGUUUUCCCUCUUUUGACCGCGCAUAGUGGCACCGUCCAGCGGGCUGCCUACAACAUCCUCCACCGGUAUAUUCCGAGCGUUCAAGAACAAAUUUCCUUUGACGUGGCGUUAUCCAAGACGACCGUCAGACUGCCCGACGAACUCAUGUCUCUGCUACUCGAAGCUCCCACGAUGGCAUCUGUCAACCUUGCCUAUGACGAUGACCGGACAUGGGCGGAUAUACGGUCAUAUCUUCUGAGCUGGAAGGUGGUGUUUGACCAUUUCGUUAAUGCAUCUCUUACUGUUCAAGAAAACUACGUGACUAGCAUUAAGGAAAACGACACGCUGGCGCCGUUGCUGGAAUUCAUGUUUGACUUCCUCCAGGGCUCACACGGAAAGAUGAUAGAUGCGUCUAAGUUUGACAUUCGGUCAUUCGAGCUGGAUCAGUCGGAGACCUACGAGAGAGAAACCCAGUGGCUUCUCGUCCAUCUGUACUUCUUGUGUCUGAGGCACGUGGCUAAUAUGACCAAGAAUUGGUGGAUUGACACGAAGAAGCGCAUCAAGGGGCCUGUGGAGGCGUGGACGGAGAAACAUGUCUCGCCCCUGGUCAUUGUAGAUGCACUUCAGGGCAUCACGGACUGGGUGUCGACGCAGGAUCCCAACGAAGAGCGCGCAUUGGCGGUUAAAAUUUCUCCCAAGACGGCCGAGAUCAUUGCCAGCAUUCCGGUCGACGAAGAGUCGCCUCCUGUCUCCUUGUCUAUCUCGCUUCCUCCGGCUUACCCCCUGCAGCCCGCCGUGGUCGUGGGUCGCAGCCGGGUGCUGGUCGACGAGAAGAAGUGGAAGAACUGGCUUCUAACGAUCCAGGGAGUGAUUAUGUUUGCCAACGGCAGCCUGGUGGAUGGGCUGUUGGCGUUCCGCAAGAACGUGCAGGGCGCAUUGAAGGGACAGAGCGAGUGUGCGAUCUGCUACUCGGUGAUUUCGACGGACAUGCAGACGCCGAACAAGCGAUGCGCGACCUGCAAGAACACGUUCCACUCGGUGUGUCUGUUCCGAUGGUUCAAGAGCAGCAACCAGAGUACGUGUCCGCUGUGCCGGAACAACUUUGUCUACGUAUAG